GACCGAAGAUAAAAAGGUUCGGAGUGCAGCCGAAACCUUGUGAGGAGUACAUGAUCACAGCGCGCGCAUCGGGUCCAGCCGCGGACACCAUGACCGACUACGAAGCCGCCACCGCCUUCCUGGGCCCGUGGGGCCGCUUCCAGCGGGACGUGUUCUUCCUGCUCUGCGUGACCGUGGUCCCCAACGGGUUCAGCGCCAUCUCCAUCGUCUUCGUGGCCGACACGCCGGCGCACGCGUGCCUCGUCCCCGCGCACGUCAACCUCUCGGCGGCGUGGCGGAACAACAGCAUCCCGCUGGAGGAGGACAGCCACGGCGGCGCGCCAGUGCGCAGCAAGUGCUCCCGGUACCGGCUGGAGGACCUGAAGGCCUUCUCGGACCGGGGCUUGCUGCCCGGCCGGGACGUCGACCUGUCCAACGUGUCCACGGAGCGCUGCCUGGACGGCUGGGAGUACGACCGCAGCGUGUACACCUCCACCAUCACAACCGAGUGGGACCUGGUGUGUGACAACCGGUGGAAGAACCCGUUGACCUCCUCCGUGUUCUUCUGCGGCGUCCUGGUCGGCUCCUUCGUCUCGGGACAGCUGUCCGACAGGUACGGGAGGAAGAUCGUGCUGUUUGUGAGUCUGGCGGUGCAGACCCUGUCCACGCUGAUCCAGGUCUUCUCUCCGUCCUGGACCGUGUUCUGCCUCAUGUUCUUUAUGACCGGGAUGGGACACAUCUCCAAUUACGUGGCUGCGUUUGUGCUGGGGACGGAGAUCCUGGGCCGAGGCGUCCGGACGGCGUUCUCCACGGCCGGCGUGAAUCUGUUCUUUGGAGCGGGCUACUUGAUGCUGCCGCUGUUUGCUUACUUCUUCCGAGACUGGAGGCAGCUUCUCCUCGCCCUCACGCUGCCCGGCUUCCUGUUUGUGCCUCUCUGGUGGUUCGUCCCCGAGUCUCCUCGCUGGCUGCUCUCUCAGGGACGGGUGAAGGAGGCCGAGGCCGUCCUGAGAGACGCCGCCAAGAGGAACAACAUCCAGCCUCCGGAGGUCAUCUUCAGUCCGUUACAGAAAGAGCUUCAGUCUGAGGCGAGGAAGGCCCACAACAUCUGUGACCUGCUCCGCUCCAGAAACAUCCGCUGGAUCUCGCUCACGCUGUGGCUGGUCUGGAACAUCGUGUCCAUCGCCUACUUUGCUCUUUCCCUGAACACGGCGAACCUCCGCGGCGACGCCUACUUCAACUGCUUCAUGUCGGCAUUGGUCGAGAUGCCGGGCCACAUUCUGUCGUGGGUGAUGUUUCGCUGGUGGUCCAGACGACUGAGUCUCUUCUCAACGUUCUUCACGGCAGGAUUGUUGCUCCUCUUCAUUCAGCUCAUACCAGCAGACAUGAUUUAUCUUGCCAUAACGUUGGAGAUGAUGGGGAAGUUCGCUGUGACGAUGGCGUUUUCCAUUGUGUACGCAUACACGGCGGAACUCUACCCAACCGUGUUGAGGAACACGGCGGUGGGCGCCUGCUCCAUGGCCUCCAGGUUCGGCAGCAUCAUCGCCCCGUACUUCAUCUACUUAAGAAGCUAUUCAGUUUCACUGCCUUAUAUCCUGAUGGGAAGCAUGACGGCUCUGGCAGGGUUGCUGAGUCUCCUGCUGCCCGAGAGCUAUGGAAUGCCUCUGCCCGACACCAUCGCUCACAUGCAACACUUUCCUGGAUGUUGUCAGAAGACACCGUAUACUAUCACACACAGCGAAGAAAAGGACAACGUUGCAGACAGGAAGUCGUCGGUUGUCCCUUGAGCACGUAGGCCCACCGAUAUCCGUCUUUGAGUGAAUAAUAGUUCAUAACUGGGCGGCCAUCACGUCUCCGUCCAUGUUUCUGGAAACUCAUCAGGAAAAACUGAAGAGGAUUCUUUUGUCAUUGGAUUUUUAUGUGACCACAACGCGAGGAACGUGAGAGAAACAAUAUAAUG